UCUGAACCGAUUCAGCAAAAUUAAGUAAAAUUAAACAAUGCAAUAAUUUAAUUAUUACAUUAUUUAAUAAUAUAAUGUGAUGUAAUAUGGCAAUUUAAAAAAUUCCAAGACAAACUUCGAGUCAUCCCCCCUCGAAAUGAAGUCAAAUAACUGAACACAGACUUAACGAUUGUUUUUUUCUUUUUCCACGUCACCCUACCCUCGAGUUCCGUUAAUUCUCACCCAUCAGUCAAUUGAAAUUCCAGUGCACGAGAGUAAUCAAUCACUUUCACACCAAAUUACGGGACAUUAAUCCUAAAAUCAAAUUCCAGUCGGAGAAUAAACAAAAUAACCAUUAAAUGAGAGAAAAGUUAACUUGUCCGUUUAUCGAUCAACUGCGGGGUCAAUAGGCCGCCCCUAAAUAUAGCCAAGAGGUCGUAGAAAUUAGAGGAAACAGGUCGGGAAAUUGAAGGUGUCCUGGUUCCCUGAGCAAUCAAAAGUUACCCUCACUCGAAUAAACUUCGCCGAGAUGAACUAAAAAAAAAAUAAUAAAAUUGCUGAGUUCCUUCGCCUAGAUUCAUUCACGAUCCAGCUAGGUCGAGGAUUAUCCCCGUCUCUUGGAGGUGCCUGGUACGCUUUCCCACCCCAUUCCCCUCUGUCUCCUGAUUUUAUCCCUCAACCCCUCGAUCCUUUCAUACCUCCACUGGUGACUCCUGCGCCUGCGGAAUUCCGUUGAAUUCAACAUCCCCAACAUUUACGUACAACAAAUAUCAGGGCUUUUCUGGCGUUUACUCACCACCAGUGCUUCCAGUCACUCCAUACCCUGACUCAAGGGUGUGCAUGCCUAGUUCUUAGUUCACCUCAUCCCUGGAAAUUAAUUAAUCGGAGUGAUGAGGGGUGAUCGGCUCGUCUCCAGAAAAUUGGUGUCAUGCUGUCUGAUCUUGAAGGAGUGAAACUAUUGGCAAGUCGUGGCACCCUCAACAGGUAGUUCGUGUGCAUUAUUAUGACCUCGAUUUUAAGUGGAUGAUAUUGUCGGGAGAGCAUGGAGUCGUGAAGGGGUGAAACGUGCUCGCACGAAUGAGCGCCAGGGAUGAUGACGAAGAUGUCCAGACGGGGGAGAUCUCCAGGGCAAAGAAGAUCGAGGGGGAGCCAUGUAAAGUGGAGGGACAGGAAGGGCUCCGGGAGGACAAUAAUAAUGAAGAGAUAACUGGAGCCAUGCUGUCCAUCAGUGGCUCAGCACCCACAAUGGCAUUUCCUGCCACCCUCCAAGAACGUUUCCUCCACAUAAAACAGAUUGUUAAAGAGGCGAUAGAGUCACACCACACAUUUAUGAUCUACGGUCGUGCCAAGGUCGUGCGUGAAUGCAUGUUAAAACGAGGAUGGAUUGAGAAAUUGUGCCGUAGAAGUAGCAAUGGUGACCGUGUGAAAUAUUUGCCAGAGAAAAAGACACGACGUUUACAAAAUUCGAAAUUUACAGUAGACAAUCAACAGCAGGGUCAGCAGUUGCCAAGCCAGGGGGGCCAGCAGAGUGUUCAAGGGCACGUGGGGGUGGAUACGAGUCCUGUCGUAUUGCUAUCGGGAAUUGGAGAUCUGAGGGAUGAGCAGAGCCAAAGACUCCUCAUGUCAAAAAUGCUGGCGAAUCACACGGUGGAUUUUUUGUGGAACUCUGGGUCUGACUGGCCCGGCUGGCCCAGUCAGGAUAACAAGACUACUAUUUUCAAUCGAUACUCGAGAGCUGGGUUCACCUCCAAGGUUGGACUUUGUGCUAACGUGAGGCAAAUGCACUGGUAUUAUGAGCCGGGAGUUGCAAACACCCUAUUCCCCAGAUGCUACAAUGUUUGCCAGGCCGAUCACAUGCAUGCGUUCAUCGAAGACUUCAGACACACGGCCUGCUUAAGCAUCCUAAAGUGGUUCAUCGAAAAGGUGAACAAUGAGGGCGAGAAUCUGGCAGUGUCUUCCGGUGGAACAGUGCCUUUAAAAGCUCUAGACUUUGCGAUAAGACGUUGCAGCGAUUACAUCGAGGCCCAGUCUCACGAGGACAUUGACAAAGAGUGCGAGAGGGUCUGGUCGCACCAGUGGGAGCAAUUUAUCACCUGGUACUACAAACUUGUUCAUGAGGAGGAAACGUUCUUCGGAACUAAUGUCUCUGUACAUAAAUAUUUGCAAGCCUCGAAACACAUUAUUAAGCGUAUCCGCAAGUACUGGCAUCAGCUUGACAUGGAUGGGGUAUCGAACGUAUGGAUCCUCAAGCCAGGAAACAAAAGUCGAGGUCGUGGAAUUGUUCUCAUUAAUAAAAUCGAGGAUGUCGUGGCUAAAGUUAAUCCAGCCAACAAGUCAGACACUCGUUAUGUUGUACAAAAAUACAUCGAGAGACCAUUAUUAAUCCACAACACGAAAUUCGACAUAAGACAGUGGUUCAUCGUAACGUGCGCCCAACCCUUGACUCUGUGGAUGUACAGGGAGAGUUAUCUCAGGUUUUGCUCCCAAGAAUUUCGACUCAAAGAUCUGCACGAGUCGGUGCAUCUUAGUAAUCAUGCUGUACAGUGUAAAUAUAAAAAUAGUACAGAGAGAAGUUCGGCACUGCCACCGGAUAACAUGUGGGAUGCCACCACGUUUAAACAUUUUUUAAGAUCUCAGGGUCACAAUAGUGCAUGGGACGAGUUGAUAUACCCAGGCAUGAAGCAAGGGCUCGUCGGUUCUCUUUUGGCAAGUCAGGAGGCUAUGGAUAGACGAAAAAAUAGCUUUGAACUUUACGGAGCCGAUUUCAUGGUCAUGGAGGACUUUUCCGUCUGGCUGAUAGAAAUCAAUAGCCAUCCGGACAUGAGUUAUUCCACCAGCGUUACCAGUAGAUUAUGCAAACAAGUGAUGGAGGAUACUGUCAAGGUUAUCGUGGAUUUUCGUGAAGAUAAAAGUGCAGACACUGGAUUAUUUGAACUUGUUUACAAACAGAAGAUGCCUAAUUGUCAACCAUAUUUAGGAGCUGCGUUAUCUGUGCAGGGAACAAAAAUUAACUCCAAUGAGAGAAGAUUAACGCAUUUAGAUCCGAGAGUUCUCCCCAAAUUUCCACUGAGCUGUCUCUCAAGCAGAAAAAAAUCCACUGCCAACAGUUACAUAGGGCCAGUGAUCGUUGAUCUCAUUGAGGAAUUAGAAAUUCAACUAGACCGUGAAUUACACUCGUACUGCAAGCUCGACUCGCCAAUUGACUCUAACAAUUCAUCACCGAUUGUAUCUUCCCCGGUACUAUCAUCCUCUAGAGCUUCCCUGGCAUUAAUUCAAGGUAAAAAUGAGGCUACACCACCUGGCUCGAUAAUACCCAGCGGUUCCGGUGGCCUCAGUCCCACCGCAAAGUCACCGACUCAACUUGCUCAAACUACGCCAAAAAGCAGUCGUUCAACAAAUUCUACAAUGAGAACUCCUAACAAAUUAAAGAAAAUAGCUAAGGAUUUACCUCCGGGACAGACAGUCCCAGCUAGAAUAUCGAGGAGUCAACGAGAGGCUAAAACGGCUAUUGAAACACGAUCUAAUAAGUCAGAUAAAACCAAAAUUCCGAAUGAAGAGAAGCUAAUUGGAGUAGCAAUGCGCAACGCAAUGAACAAAUACAAAAAAUACGGAGUAACUCCACUGGAAGUUCCUCCCCUACCCUCUCUAUUGUUCCCCUCAAAAACUGGUCGAAUGAUUCGAUCGUCCUCAGUUAGCACAAAAAAUCGAAAUAUUCAAAGCAGAAUGAAACGAAGAAACGAGUCCCCCGAUAUGGCUGAAAUGUACGCAGUGGGUCUUGGAUUGAACAAAUGAAAAAAAAGCUCUGCAUGCAUCACAUUUUUUUCUCACUUAUUCUUCCUCAAUCUGUUCUGUACAUAAUCGCAUUAAAAAAUUUAUUUAAUGUAAAAAUGACAAGAUGAACUAAUUAAAAAAGAAUUGAACUUUAUCAUAUGUAUAACAUUAAUUAUAUCCACAGUCCUAUAUAAAUACCUAAUUGUUCACUGCGGCAAUUACGGUUUUUUCCCCUUCUAAAUUGCGAUUAUUCGAAAAAAAAAAUUAAAA